AUGGCAAAACAGGCAUUACAGCGAGUGCUGGAAGACACUAUUGGUAAAUAUGUGAGGGGACUAGAUGCAGAAAGCCUAAAUGUUGCGAUUUGGAGUGGAAAGAUUGCACUGAAUUCUGUGGAACUCAAUGUUGAUGCCGUCAACUUGGAACUAGAUCGACAGGCUGAAGAAGCUCCGAACCUUGCCCUUCCGUUCAAGGUAGUGUCGGGAGGAUUUACAUCCUUUCAUGUGGAAGUGCCAUGGUCACAUCUUGCCAGCAGUCCUGUCAUAUUAAGGCUGAGUGGCCUAAGUAUCAUUGUCGAACCUUACAAACGAGAUACGCAAGCUGGAAAUAAGAACGUUUCAGUGGCACAAGCUACAAAACAACGGCAGCGUUCCGUGAAAAGCGCAAACGAGUACCGAGAACAAGCGAAUAACGUAAAAAAACUAGCGGGGGCAGACUCUGAUGCAUCCAGUCAGUCUACGUUUGUAUCGCGACUUGUACGACGAAUAAUUGAGAAUAUCCAAGUCGAGAUCAGUGAUGUCCACAUUUCUCUUGCAGGUAAAGAGGGAUCUGCUGGCGUCGUGCUCGAGUCCUUAGCACUAGUGACCACUGACAAGAGUGGCAAACGAACCUUUGUCGACCGUACUGCGAGUUAUAACUCGAGUAUCUUUCUGCAUAAGGCACUGGAACUCAAAGGAUUUGGUGUUUACGUCGACGAAAGCAUUCACGGAGAACCACAAUCUCAUUCAUACAUUUUAGCGCCGCUUGCAUUUCAAGCCAAUCUGCGUCAGGCAGACGGUAAUAUCUGUGUCGAUCACUCGAAAUAUCAGCUUUCCAGCGAAUUGUCGACGAUUUCUAUUGAAGUCUCUCGCAAUCAGCUUGACGUGGUGGAGAAGGUGUCACAAGGAAUGGCCAUGCAAGAGAUUGGGGCAAACCCGUUGUUCCCAGAAUACAGACCCAUUGCUCGCGUUUCAUCGGAAAAUGCCCACGAAUGGUGGAAAUAUGCCAAGCGAUGUAUUGGUCGAAUGAGCGGAAGAAGCUCAUGGGCAGAGUUCUUUCUUGCUUUUAAGAAACGAAAAACCUACAUUCGGCUAUACAAACGACAUAUUCACAGCGGGAGGUGUUCCUGGAUCGAACCCCUAUCAGAGAAUGAAAAGUCAGAAAUGACCGAGAUUGAGAACGAUCGAACCAUAUCCGUCAAUGGAUUGAUGUUUUGGAGGGACUUGGCUGACGGCCAGGUCGAUCUGGAACAGUCCAAGCAGACAAAGAAGGAAAAAGGGAAAAGGAAGAAGGGGGUUUUGUUUUCCAGCAAAAGACAGGAAGACAAUGGUGACUCGCCCGUGAAAUUGACGAUAGAAGAGCUAAAGGAUUUGGAAGACAUGUGGCAGGAGGGCUUCGCAGAUGAUGAGCUUUCCAAAGAUUCUAGGCUGUGUGAUGCAAGCUUCAUACUCAAGUCGUUGAACGUUGUACUGACUUCAUAUCAAUCGAGGCAAAUUGCUGCAUUAAACAUGGGAGAAGUUGACCUUGGAUUCAAUGCGAGAGCAGAUGGUGCGUUUGCAUUCAACUUUGAUAUGCUUGACCUAAAAAUUCAAGACCUGGCAACAUCAGACAGUCUUUUCCCAGAUGUGUUACGGAGCCUUCCGAAAGACGAUGCCAUGGCGAUAGAAGAAAAGAAUGGUGCAGUUCAUUUGCAAAUUGCCAAGUCAAAGACCGGAGACCAGAGUCUUCAGUUAAUUAUUGCAGCGUUCGAAGCAGUCGCGUCGCCAACAUUCUUCAAAGAGCUGAUGAUUUUCGUCACACCAACGUCUUCCACUACUACAGAACGGGUGGAUUCGACAUCGUUGAAGCUGGCAUCAGAAUCGGUGGACGACUUUUCCAACGCCCUUGUUGAUGCAUGGGCAGCCAAGACAGAAUCAAAGGUGUCCUGGGCGAUGGAUGUAGAUAUCGAUGCUCCAAUCAUCAUUGUUCCAGAGACUUGCGAUGACAGAAGUGCCAACAUUGUGGUUCUUGACCUUGGUCAGUUCCACCUUAACUUUGGAAAGUUUUCUCCUACCAAACAAGUACAGCAGUGGUUUCAAGAUAACAAAGCUGACCACAAAGCUGACGUUUCGUACGAAAGUGGUUUCCUCUGUACCAGCGAUUUUAGUUUGAAAGUUGGCACUGCCAGCGAUUGGUUAGAAGAAAGCAGUUUCGCAGGUGCUAGCUCCGGGUCAUUCAUUAUUGAACCGAUAUCGGAAACUGUCGACGACUUUGAUAUCGAACAAAGUCACCAUGCUCUCGACCCGCCACAGAUCUGCUGCAUUGGCGUGAUUGGCAGAGCAAUGCUCAGUCCUAUGCAGACUUUCAGAAGGGCGAAUGUUACAGUACUCGAUCUGGGUCAAAGGCAGCUGCACUAUGGAAGGUUUACUCCCGCCACCAAAGUAAAGCCGUGGAUUCAAGAUACCAAAGCUGAGCAUCAAUCUGGUGUCUUGUACGAAAGUGGUUCGCUCUGCACCAUAAUUGAGCCGAUAUCGGCAAAGCUUGACUUUGGAAUCGAGCAAAGUCACAAUGCUCUUGACCCGCCUCGGAUCUGCUUCAUUGGUGUGGUUCCUUCUGUUAGCUUUCGUUUUUCGCCGACUCAAGGGAAAAAACUAUUUCCUGUUGUCAAAGCAUGGGGCAAUUUUUCGAAUGAAAUAAAUUCCGAGUUGGAAGGUCCUCUACUCACGAGUGCGCCACAUCCUACAGCAGACGAUGGGCUCGAAACACAAUCAAUAUCAAAAACAGAAUCAGGCACUGCAAUACAUGACCAGUCAUUAGAAGACCAGUCAAAAACAGACGAAGAGUAUCUUGCUACGGUUUUCUUCAAAAUUAGGCUCCAGCGCCUAUCCACAACUCUGUCAUUGGACGAGAACAACAGGUUGGAAGCUCAUCUAGUCUCAGUAUACGCCACAACAGUGGUGCGAUCUAAUGGAAGCUCUUCAACCAGUCUUCAAAUGGGUUGGUUUUGGGUGCUUGAUUUGCUGGAAAGUGACAUCAAACGCAAGCAAAGACUGCUUGCGCAUUCGGUUCUGACGAAGGAUCCAAGCUCGUUUGCAGAGGGAGACAAGUAUGACAUACUGGGACAUCUGGUGGAGCAGGGCGUAUUUGAAGAGGACUACGCCGGAUCGACAGAUUUGGCGGAUAUCUCGUAUGAUCAAUUGGUUUCAGAAUAUGGGAAAUCAAGAAUGGAGACCAGGGUUGACCAGCUGCUGGAUAUGAAAUUUUGUAGUUUGUUCAUUCACUGGAACCCGAAGGGUCUGGAAGGGGUCUUGUCCAUGAUUGAGAGCUUUCGCAGCAUACUGGGUGACAAUGAUACUAUCAAUCACGAAACAGUUGUCGAGGCAUUAUCGCAGAACAUUAGUAGUCCCUCUGACGAUGCGAAAGAAGAAGGCGACAGUGCAACUGAAGGGAAGCUACUCAUCAAGCUCAAGGCGGAGAGUCUUGAUAUCUGUCUUCGAUCUCCUCGUGACGAUCUUCCCCUCUUUACCUUGGAGGCUACCGAUGGGGACAUGAGCUUGAUUUCCGAUCAAAAUGAGUUGAGUUGCCAUGUGACACUGAAGAGUAUGACAGCCGAAGAUGUUCGACCAGAGGCAUCGCAUAGACAGUAUCGUCGUAUUAUCGACCAAGAGACCGGAACUAGCGCAACAAGUAGUGGUGACGCUCACUUGUUUGUAAUCGAUUACACAGCUGGACUUGACUUUACUCGUACAGGACUUGUCAUUGGGUCCCCUCAGAUUAUUCUGAUUCCUGAUGCUGUUUCAGAACUUGUGACUUUCUUUCAAGUAGAAGAUGGCAUGAAACAGGGUCCAAAUUCAUCCUUGGCGGGGCUGGAUGACGAAAACGGCAAAAAGGAUAACGUCGAUGGCACGGAGUCGAUUGUCUCCAACGAAGCAGGGGAUAUUGAAGUGCCAGACGGGACUGCGUCCGAUAGGACAUACAGAUAUACUUACGCUGUGAAAACUCAAGUGUGUAGUAUUGUUCUGGUCGAUCUGGGCAGUGAAUUAUCCAGUGAAAGAAAGACGAAUGCUACGCAACCCAGUCACAUGGCAGAAACUGUUGUUCUACGGGGAAUUUUUGAUGUGACGGUGGCAAUGGACACCGAUCCGGAGACAUUCGAGACUAUCAAUGCUGAAGUGCAAAUGCAAGCCGAAGCUAUGCAGAUCUUUAGUGCUUUGGGCAAAGAAAUGCUCAGUCCAAUGCAGAUUCUCGCGCCGACACAAGGCUCGGUGUAUAUUUCUAUGCGCACGAAUGCUGAUGAAAGUACAGCCAUAGAGCUCCGAGCUGCAGCGAUCACUGAUUUGGAGGUUUUCCUUUCAAUGCACCAGGCUGCCAUGUUGAGCGCGAUUGUCGAAAGUCUAAGCUCUUCCUUUGAAGUCAACGAGACGAAUAUUGACGAAUCUCAAAUUCAAGAACUGAGCGCCAACGAGACAGAAUGGAUAGAGCAGCUGUCUUCUGUGCUUGAUCAAACAGACAGCAACGGACCAAUUCGAAGUCAUAGUCGCUCUGUCAGUGCAGUGGGCAUCGAUGAAUCGGCGCCAUUUCAGCUUCAGUCAAACGUGGAAAUGAAGAUUGCUCAAAAGAUCCAAACGAAGAUUACGAUGCCCCAGUUUAGAGUCACUGUUGUCAACGACUUGCUAGGCUUGGACGAAGCUUUGUUCCGUGUCUCAGUGGCAAAGUUUGUUGCCCAUGGCGAAGUAUCUGUUCCCAUCGGACCGAAUGCAAUGCAGAAUAUGGUUGUUGAUUUUCAGAUGAGCACAUCGAUUCUUGCCGACUAUUUUGAUUCGUCCAUCAAUCUGUGGAGCAGCCUGCUUAUCAAGCCGUGGGAGGUGAGUCUAAAGCUAUCGAGAGCAUCAACCCGCCGCUUCAAGUCUCCCAGGUUAAGUUCCACAAUCGAUCUUGAGAGCUUCCCUUGCCAUCUCUCAUUGUCACCGGAGUUCCUUGUGAGUCUUGCGAGUGCGACACGAAUGUGGUCUGUUUAUUCGAUUGCAACAUCAAAGUCACCUAUCACUGACAGCGAGAAGCGUAACACGAACGAUGAAAACGCGAAGGCAAGUAUGGCGGCAAGUGCAGCACGAAACUUGCUGACAUCUCUUCCAUACGCAAUCGAGAACCAUUGUGGAUGUGAUGUGAUUUUCUCGUUGCCGCAUGGAAGGAUCAAACAACGGGAGUGUCCAACUGGAUCAAUAAAGUACUUCCGGUUCCAGCCUCCACAGGGAAGAGGGCAUGGCGGCAGAAGGGCAUACGGUCAAGACGUCGAGUUUGAGAAGUCGGUGACGUUGUCAAUUGGUGAUCGUGAAAUAGUGAUUCCUCAUCUUGACGGCAUGCUCGGGGCUCGGAAAGAUGUGCACAACCUGUCGGAUGGUAGAGUGUUGGUUACAUAUGUUAUCAGGGAAGACAAGACAAUGGUACUGCAUUUGACAAGUAAUGUGAGCGUUGUCAACCACUCGUCGAUCCCUUUUGCCAUUUCGGUUGGGAUGAUAGAUCCCAAGAGCAUUGGAACCUGCAUCGCGCACAAUGAAGAGAAGGAGAAUACUGCUUUAACGGAGAUUAACGGCGUUGCAACAGAGCCAUCAAAUCGAUUCAGUGUCCCAAUGAACUUGCUCAAUAGUGGCCACUCUCCAGUCUUUCUUCGUCUUUCUCCUAAUCUGAAAUCGGACACUACUCAAGUCUUGAGUGGUGGUCUUGAUGUUGCUUCCCAAUUUCGUAAGCUAUCGAAAUCAGGAAGGGUUUGUAGAGUCGAUUUGACUUGUUACGCCAAUUCUGGAGGUUCAAAAAGCAUGGACCCAUUUGUUGUGCAAGUGUUGUUGAAGGGGACUCUGAUUGAUGACAAAACCAUGAAUAUCGACGUCUUCCUGGAACCUCGAGCCGUGAUUGAGAACUUGUUUCCAAUCGACAUAAGCAUUCGCAGUAAGAUGCCCCAUACAUUUAGCCUGAGUGCAAGAGAUUCCAAUGAUGGUGAUCACCGUUUGAAGCCUGGGAAUCGUGUCGAAGUUUUCACCAGGGGGGACGCGUUGGCAAUUGCAAUCAAGCCAACACACAAACCGAGUGCUGGCUCCUCCCUAGAGUGGAUGGAUUUGGAACUACCACUAAAAUCUGAGUUCCGCUUGGCGGAACCGAUGUCUUGCCUUUUUCGGUUUGCUGAAUCCAAGAAACGGAACAGUGAGUUCUUCAUUGCAGAAGGAUAUGAAGGCCUGGAUCAGCUCUCAGAGGUUAUGGCCGACGAAGCUCCGAAGAAGUUAGGUUCGAAAUCGAGUUUGCGGACUGUUUCACUAGAGGACCCAUUGAGAUUAUUCCACGUUACGGUGUGUUGUUACGGUGUCGACCAUACGGGCGAAAUCCUCUUUGAGUUGUUAGAGAGCAAAAAAGAGCAGAAACAGAAGCAGAAGCAGUACCAUCCGUUUGGUGCAUUUCCGUCAGGGAAGGAUUCCAUUCGAUUGACUAUGCUCCCAAGAUCAAAUGCCAUGCUGCGCCUGCUGCGGGUAUCGUCGUCGUCAGAGGCGGGAUACAAGGCGACACUGCCUUUUACGAUGGACGAUUUGGUGAUUGGUGAAGGAGGACUCAAUGCGUUGCCAAUCCUUUGGGAGAAUAAGAAAAGCAGCGGGUACUGUGCCUAUCGACGACUUGUAAACGAGCAUCAAUCUGAAGUUCACAUCGUCCCCGAGUUUGUCGUCUUCAACGGAAGCGCGGAAUCUGUAAUCGUUUCGGAACGAGGAAUGGAUGACGUGACAGUUGAUGCUGGUAGCUUUGUUCCGUUGAAAUGUGUAUCCAGAACGGUAGGCCUGGAACUUGCGCUGAACUACGUAAACGAAGAGUGUAAAACGAGGUACAUCCGUGUUGAUCAACUGGGGGUGAAGGUGGAACUUGUCCAAUCGACAGUUGGGACGCCGGUUGGCAGCGUAUGUGUCCAAACUGCGUUGGAUACAUAUGGAAACGCCCGUUUAGUUGUGAAGAUCGGAGAGAUCACAGCUGGUGCAAAGAUGGCUAAUGCACCAUCAAUCCUUCCCGCAUUUCUUGCUGAUGAUUUCAUCCGAUUCCGUGUACGCUGGAGUGAGCUGCAACUAGUGCUUAACAAGAGUCGUGAGAAACAAAGAGCAGAAGGAUUGCCCGCCCAAGGUCUUUCGUCAUCACCUCGCACUGAUACAAAAGGACCGAAGAGUGUAGAGUCUGAUUCAGUGAUGUCAGUCAACAUUUCACGGUUCAGUGUAGACGUUCAGCGUGUGUUCAAGAAACAAGAAGAUGGAGACCACAAAAUCGAAGCAUCGUCGAUGCCUUCUCCAGAAAGGUGUCAAAUGUCCAUGAGCAUACACCAGCUUCAAGUGAAGGAUCUGACACCAAAUUCCUUAUUCCCUAUUGUAUUUGAUAGUUCAUCAGAUGCGAACUUUAUUGGUCUGUCUGCAAGGACCCGAGGUCCAAUGGAUGGAGAUAUUGUGAAUGUUGACCUUUUCGAUUUGUCAUUGGCUCAUACAAAGGGCAAAUCGGAAAUGAUACAACUCACUACAUCAGAAGAGUUUGUCUGGAGAAUCGUUGACAUGAUGACUCGAAUUUCCGAAGCAAGUAGCGAGGUGGGGGACUACAGUUUGGUGUUGAAAGAGGAUGUAGAUCACGGAGGGUACAUCGUCGAGAUCAAAGACGGCGUCAACGAAAGCGAUGACACCGUAUUGUAUGCAGCUCCUUAUGUCGACCAGCUAUUUAAUGUCGAUUUGGCCCGAGUUUCUCCUUUUGUGCUACUCGUCAGUUUCAACCGUACACCAGACGAGUCUCGCUACGCAAUGGCCCGAAACGUGAGGGGUGCUGCACUUACAAACUACUUUACUCGAAAGUUGAAGUUUUCGAUAGACAGGGCCAAGCUGAAGUUCGGAAAAUAUGAGAACAGGACUCUCAAAGGUCCAACGGAUCGAAUAUUGGAGUCUCUUGGAGCGGUCUAUGUGGGUCGUAUGAAGUUCAAGGUGCUGACACUGCUAUCAUCAGCUAGUCUGCAAGACUGGAAGUUUUUGGCAGCAAGAGGGGGCGACGAUGAAUAUGUGGAUGGUGAUGAAUUGCGGGCAACUGGAAAUAUUGCAGGGAUGGCCGCAGGGGCAUUUCUUGGAACUAUCGGGCGAGGGCUCGGAAGUGGUGUCUCGAACGUUACUCGUACCCUGGGCAACGGAAUUGAGGGUGCCACUGGACUAGUUGGUGCCAGGAAACUCGGAGCUGGGGUUAAUACUGUGAUAAGCGGCGUUGGAGGCGGCGUCGGAAACACAUUGACUGGUGUUAGUGGUGGAGCUGGAAAAGUUCUGCAGGGAGCUGGACAGGGCGUUGGUCAAGUCGUUGGUGGUGUCUUGGGUGGUGCCUUCCAAAUGGGCAAAGGUAUUGGUGUCGGAAUUGUUAAGGGCGAUGGCAAAGGUUUGGUGAAUAGCAUUGGAAAAGGUGCAGGCCAAAUUGGUGGUGGGGUAGUCAAAGGUACCGGAUCAAUCUUAAAGGGCGCCACAGACGGUGUUAUUACAACAGGAAAGGGGGUCUUUCAAGUUGGCAAAAAGAGCCCUGGCAAGAAAUCGAGGAAGAAACAUGUAGAUGCUAGUGAUGACAAAAAGAACCAUGACGAGAAAAUGACGGAGCAACAAGUAAAUGCCAGUGACGACAGCAAGAAACCUGACAAGAAAUGGAAGAAGCCACAUCUAAAAGUCCCAGCGAUGGCAAAACGAAACCAGACAAGAUAA